AUGGUGGACACAAUUCAAACGAAGGAAGGUGCCGUAGCAAUAAACGCUGAUACGCGCAUUUCGAUGCGUUCAAUGCGUCGAGGAAAAACAAAAAUGAUACUUACGCCUGCAUCACUCGCAUCUCACUUAAAAGCUAAUGGUCGAAAACUUGGAGAAGGAAUUGCGGUUCUAUACGAACAAUUUGAAAAAGAAUCACCCACAUUUUUCGCAUUUUUCAGCGCUGAAAAUAAAGCAAAGAAUAAAUUUCCAGACGAGAUAUUUCUUUUGGAUAGAACCCGAGUUAUCCUGAAUGAAAAACCUGAUUACUAUCAUGCAUCAUAUGUUGAUGGCUGCGAACAGGCAAAACAGUAUGUAUUGGCUCAGGCACCAUUUGAUGAAGCAACCGCGGGUGAUUUCUUCAGAUUAGUAACGCAAUGCAAACCGGAAGUAAUUGUUGUACUUAUGGAUUUGAAUGCAGACGAUGAUGAACAAUAUAUUAUAUCAUCGAAAUCGAAAAAAUAUGGUACAAUAAAUAUUCGAAAUGAAAAAGAAGAAAAGCGUGAGGAAAAAUACAGCCACUAUGAACUGAUUAUAACGAAGGAAAUGGAGAAAGAGGAGAAAAUUGAACAAAAAUAUCAUUUGUUAACAUUUAACACAUGGACCAAUGAUAUGGUUAUCCCACAAGAUGAUUUAAUUAUGUUUCAUAAAGUGGUUCAUAAGCUAUUGGAUGACAAAGCCCGUGAAUGCUCACAGCUUGUUGUUUGUCCAUCCGGUGCUCAUCGUGCCGGUAUAUGGGCAGUAUUCGAUACGGAAGCAGAACGCUUGAAAAUUAAAAAACGAAUUCGAUUCACUGAUACAAUUAAAAGUGUACGAAAUCAGCGGUGCAAUACGAUCGAACACUUCGAACUAUUCAAUGGUCUCUUGAAUCUUCUCGCUACCUAUGCUAAAACUCAAAUAUAA